AGUGGGUCGGUGGUCACUCUGGUCACUCAGUGGUCACUCUGGUCACUCAGUGGUCACUGUGGUCACUCUCCUGUCCCCAGCCCGUUCAUCCUGGACGAGUUCAAGCGCAAAUACUCCAACGAGGACACGCUGGGGGUGGCGCUGCCGCAUUUCUGGGAGCACUUUGACCGCGAGGGUUGGUCCCUGUGGUACUGCCAGUACCGCUACCCCGAGGAGCUCAGCCAGACCUUCAUGAGCUGCAACCUCAUCACAGGGAUGUUCCAGCGCCUGGACAAGCUGCGCAAGAACGCCUUCGCCUCCGUCAUUCUGUUCGGCAGCGACCACGACAGCAGCAUCUCGGGGGUCUGGCUGCUGCGGGGGCAGGAGCUGGCUUUCACCCUGUGCCCGGACUGGCAGGUGGAUUACGAGUCCCCCACCCCAAAAUCCACCCCAAACCCUCAGGAAUUCCGGAUUUUCUCAGGAUUUUCUCUCAGAAUCUCAGAAUUUUCUGGAAUUUUUUCCCAAAAUUCCCGUUUUUUUCCCUAAUUCCCGUUUUUCCAU